UCUCUCUCUCUCCAAGCAGGAACCAGCCUGGUUGUUUUCCUCCUCUCUGUCUCUGCCCAGCAGACUCCAGGAGGAGGAAUAAUAUGGUCGCGUUAGCUCUUCAAGGCAUCAGCUGUAGGAUUAACGUUAUCUGGAUUUCGGUUGUUCUGUUAAAAUAAUGAAUUUACUACCGUCUAAUCCUCACGGGAACGGGCUCCUUUAUGCUGGAUUUAACCAGGAUCAUGGAUGCUUUGCCUGUGGAAUGGAGAACGGAUUCCGUGUGUACAACACAGAUCCUCUUAAGGAGAAGGAGAAGCAAGAAACCUUCCACGUUCAUAUGGACUCUUCUGGUGAACACGAGUUCCUGGAAGGCGGGGUUGGCCAUGUGGAGAUGCUGUUUAGGUGUAACUAUUUAGCACUAGUGGGAGGAGGAAAGAAGCCAAAGUACCCGACUAACAAAGUGAUGAUCUGGGAUGACCUGAAGAAGAAGACAGUUAUUGAGAUUGAGUUCUCAACAGAAGUCAAAGCAGUGAAGCUUCGGCGUGACAGGAUUGUGGUGGUCCUGGACUCAAUGAUCAAAGUCUUCACCUUUACCCACAAUCCCCAUCAGCUGCAUGUGUUUGAGACCUGCUAUAAUCCCAAAGGUCUGUGUGUGCUGUGUCCCAACAGCAACAACUCCCUGCUGGCGUUCCCCGGGACUCAUUCAGGCCAUGUGCAGAUAGUGGACCUGGCCAACACAGAGAAGCCCCCGGUGGAUAUCCCCGCCCAUGAGGGGGCGCUGUGCUGCAUCGCUCUGAACCUGCAGGGCACAAGAAUAGCUACUGCAUCAGAGAAAGGGACUCUUAUUAGAAUUUUCGACACAUCUGCAGGUCAGCUCAUACAGGAGCUGAGACGAGGCUCUCAGGCAGCUAACAUUUAUUGCAUUAAUUUCAACCAGGAUGCGUCCCUCAUCUGCGUGUCCAGCGACCACGGCACAGUGCACAUCUUUGCUGCAGAGGACCCCAAAAGGAACAAACAGUCGAGUUUGGCGUCAGCCAGUUUUCUUCCCAAAUACUUCAGCUCCAAAUGGAGCUUCUCCAAGUUCCAGGUCCCCUCGGGUUCUCCCUGCGUGUGUGCCUUUGGAACAGAGCCCAACGCUGUCAUAGCCAUUUGUGCUGACGGCAGCUACUACAAGUUCCUGUUCAACCAGAAAGGGGAGUGUGCCAGAGACGUGUACGCCCAGUUCCUGGAGAUGACCGAUGAUAAAAUAUGACCUUUAAACCCCCUCUGGAGACUUGCUAUGACACAGCCUUUUUUUUUUUCUUGUUUUUUUUUUCUUCGCUUUUUUUUCUUUAUUUUGGAGGAGAGUUCCCACGCUGCAUUUCUCCUUAUCUUGACAGACUCUGUAAAAGAGCAUCAGAUGACGGGAGGGGGGGACAAAGAAAAAGAAGCACAGACAUUGGGGGGGGGGGGAACCCUCACAACAAAGAUGAACGGAUGGAAGCACGGGAUGCAGACUUUUGUCUCUCAUGGACUCCUUAGGAUCGUCUCUGGACAAGAGGGACACGGAUGGCGACUUGACUCCCAAACCAAACACUAGAGAAAAGAGGGGAAAGUUAUUUUUUUCUGAAUGGACAACGUGCCGCUUUUUAAGACGUCUUCCGAGGAAUUUACAAAUGGACGGUUAUUUUUAAUCACACGGAUGAUUCUGAUAGUUAGACGGAUUGAAAAACAUUGAGAUUUUUGUCAACUAACACCACCUAACCUAACUAUAGGGAGUGCCUCGAGACUGGAGAGAAUCUGUAUGUGUGCACAUAUUAAUGUCGUCAUAUAUACAUAAUGUGUGUUCGUGUAUAUACCAAUGUACCAUAUUAGGCGUUCGCAAAGCCGAAUCAGAAUGAGGUAACGUGUCUCUGAUCCCGCAUUGUGAAGCGCCACCUUAGUAUUACUAGAUUUUCUUAUAUUCACUGUAUAAACACAAAACGCGCCAGACUGAUCUUCUAACUACGUAGAAUUGUACAGAAUAGUAGCAGAAAAAAAACAACUAACAUGUAUUUUUGUUUCUCUUGUCCUUUUUUUUUUUUUUUUUUUUUUCAUACAUUGUGCAAUAUGUUUUCCCUAAUUUGCUUUUUUGUUAAGAGCUUGUGAACAUUGUUGUUUCUAACUGACCAAGAAAGCUUAAAGAAGUAGUUUGAUAUUUAUUGGGAAAUAGUUAUUCGCUUUCUCGCUGAGUUAGAUGAGAAGAUUAAUACAGGCUCUAUGCGCUAAAAAUGAAGCUACAACCAGAAGCUGGUCAUCUUAGCUUAGCAUAAAGACGGGAAGCAGCUAGUCUGGCUCUAUCUGAAGGUAACAAAAUCUGCUGACUGGCACCUCUAAAGCUCACUAAUUAACCCAUUACAUGUUGUUUGUUUAAAGGGGCUAUAUGUAAGAAUCAGAAAUUGCUUGGAGGCGCGAGCGAUCGGUCAAAAAAGUGAGGCGACACACAAGACUGAACCUGAUUGACAGGCAUCAUGUUGAUUAACGUUAAUCAACAUUAGCCCGCUAAAACCCACAAUAACACUAUAUAUUUCACAUGCUUGGCAGUAAUGUUAGCUUACCAAACAAAGGCCCUUCCAUGAAUCGAAGGCCUGGCCGAUGUUGAUCCUAGUUUUGCCCCCCGACAUCCGUCACAUAUCUA